AUGUCUGUUCCUCCGUCGGUAGGGGACCUUGUGAAGGCGCGGCCGGUGAAGGGGAAGACUGUUUUUGUGAGCAAGAAACAGCGCGAGAAGAGAAGACUCGCAGAACAGAAACUGCCGGUGAAUGGCUCCGUUUCCGGCUCGAAACCGCAACCGGAGCCUAAAAGACCCAGACUCGAGGAACCGGUGGUUUCCGUCGAGCCAGAGCCGGAGUUCGUUCCAAUCGUGGAUCUCCCGAAGCGGCGCGACGUUCUUGAGCUGGAAGACCAGCUCUGGUUUGAAAAACCGCUCUCCAAAAUGACAGACAGAGAUUGGAGAAUCAUGCGCGAGGACUACAAUAUCAGCACGAGAGGCGGCAAGUUGGCUCAUCCGCUGCGCAGCUGGGACGAAAGCAGCAUCUCGCCAUUGAUUAUAGAACAGUUGGCUAAAUUACAGUACACAGAGCCGACGCCGAUCCAGCGAGCAGCGAUCCCCAACGGUUUAUCGGGACGGGAUCUCGUUGGCAUUGCAGAGACGGGUUCGGGUAAGACGCUGGCUUUCCUUGUCCCGUGUCUCAAUUAUGUUCUUCAACUGCCGAGACUGGACAGGUUCCAAGGCCCGUACGUUUUGAUCAUGGUUCCGACGCGGGAGCUGGCGUUGCAGAUCGAAAAGGAGUUUCUCAAGUUCAAGUCGCUUGGAUUUGACGUGGUUUCGCUGAUUGGUGGCCAUUCGUACGAGGAACACGCAGAGAAGCUCGAGCGCGGCGUGGAAGUGGUCAUUGCCACUCCUGGCCGUCUGGUGGACUGUUUGGAGCAGCAGCUGGUCGGAUUGGAACAGUGUUUUUUCCUGGUGAUGGACGAGGCCGACAGAAUGAUCGACAUGGGGUUUGAGCGUGACCUCAACAAGAUCCUGGACCAGCUGCCCGACGGCGCACAGAACCCAUACUUCUCGGGCAAGGGCGACCCCAAACGCACAACUAUGAUGUUCACGGCCACCAUGCCAGCGCAGAUCCAAAAGAUAUCUGCACAGUAUCUGAAAAACCCGGGAAUCGUUAUGGUUGGCGAAGUUGGCGGCGCCGUCGACAGCGUCCGACAGGACGCCAUUCAGGUAGACAACACAGACGAUGCGAGACUUAACAUGUUGCAAAGGAUCCUGUCGCGGCGCGAGUACUAUCCUCCGAUCAUUGUGUUUGUCAAUUAUAAAAAGACUUGCGAAACGGUUGCAGAGUAUUUGCACCAGCUUGGGUUCAACGCGGUCACGAUGCACGGGUCCAAGACUCAGGAACAGCGUGAGGCCGCGAUCCGUGAGGUCAAGGACGGCGUUUCGGACGUCCUGGUGGCCACAGACGUGGCGGGAAGAGGUAUUGAUAUUCCAGACGUGUCGCUGGUGGUCAAUUUCCAUAUGGCCAAGUCCAUCGAGGAUUAUACCCAUAGAAUUGGCCGGACAGGACGUGCGGGAAAGGAGGGCACGGCGAUCACGUUCUGGAGCGCAGAUGACGAAGACGUGUUGUACAAUUUGAAACAGAUCAUCAUGAAAAGUCCGGCCAGCAGGUGUCCCGAGGAUCUUAGAAGACACCCGGCUGCACAGAAAAAGGCCGUCAAGAAUAUUGACCAGUGA